AUGGCGAUGGUGUGGACAUAUUACUUUAUGUCUUGUUUGUUGUUUACAAGUUCUCAGUAUAUUCCUUUAAAUAAAAAAUAUGACUGUAAAAGUAAUGAUAAGUAUGAGAAGAUGAUGGUAGAAAUUCAAACACUUCGGGACCAGCAAACAAAGCUUCAGCGUGAAUUAGAUGAACUACGACAGGAUAACAAGGAAAUCAGGGAUUUGCUGAUCAGCCGUAAUCAAUCACCCUUGGAUUGUUUUGACAUUUAUACGAGUGGACAAAGAGACACUGGGGUGUACCAAAUUUACCCAUUUGGUGAAAUCAACAAUGCUGUUAACGUCAUGUGUGAUAUGGAUUUGCAGGGGGGAGGUUGGACGGUAAUACAAAACAGGCAUCGAGAAAAUCCACGUGUAAAUUUCAACACUACAUGGGAUAAAUACAAAAGUGGAUUCGGGGAUGUUCGAGGAAAUUAUUGGCUUGGAAAUGAUGUCAUUCACAAAUUGACCACUAAAUCCCCAAACGACCUCUACAUAAAAAUGAAAAGUACAAGUAACCAGUCUUAUAAAGUAAAAUAUACCUCGUUUUCUAUUUCCGAUGAAGCUGAUGGCUAUAGGCUUUCUUUGGGGAACAAAUCAGGACGCAUUGAUGAUGCAUUCAAGAGUUACAGUAUCCUAAAUGAGCCAUUUUCUACCUUUGACAUGGACAAUAAUCACAAAUGCGGUGUUCUCUGUGGAUCUGGUCCUGCACACUUUGAGUAA